AAUAGAACGUUACACAAACAGCUGAAUUUAGAAAUUCGUUCAAAUUAUAAAAUGCCUUCCUUAAAAGUAGAUCUCGAAGUAAAUUGAAAAAUGUCUGUAUAUCACCGUCGCGGAGUUUUUGUUUAAUGUUCCAAGGUAGAGCAUUUAUAAUUUGGAUAGCCGAAAAUUUGCAAUCUUGUUCAGAUAGUUUCAGUCGGACUUCGGACAGUACUACUUCGCCAGUAACGCACUUAUUAUUUGUCCGUCACAAAAUUUAGUCCCUUAAAGUUGGGUCGUUUUCAAACUCAACAAUUCGAUGCACGUUGUUGGUGCUUCAUCACAGUACAGGUGCCACUGGUGCCAGUUCUCCAGAAAAUAGUGCCUGCGGACGUGGGAAAUUUGCAAAUGCGGGCAGAUUAAGCUGCACAAAUUGAUCAUGAAAGAGUGGUUUUUGGAUUUUCCUGACGUAAUCAACGGAUUCUCGAGCGAUUUAACAUGUUUAAGGGCUACUCAGAGAACUGCAUCCUUGAAAGCGACGCUUACGUAGUAACAGACACAUUUUUGUACCAUCUGACAAAAUUGAUUGGUUUCUAGUUACACAUGAAAAAAGGCGGUGUGCUCUAAAAAUGAAAUGCUCCACUGAUUAGAUUACGAUUUUUAGAGGAGAUAUAGGAUGAUUCGAUUUGUGAGCAUAUUUUUGUCUCGGCGGCUUAAAGCAGUUUGCUUUCAACACCCGUUAAACACGCGAAAAUCGGUUGUGCUUCAUUCAGUUUGCUGUUCAACAUUACGUGUUUUCAAUUUCACUGAAAAAGCAAAAGAACUUGAAUUAAAACUCAUUUCGAAUCAAAACUGCAUUUGCGUAAAUUAAUUUAACCUGCGUGAUUACUGAAUUCAAUGAAAAUUAAUGUUGAGGCUGAUGAAAAUGUAACACGAAACAACAACAAAAUGUUCGAGUCGUCGAAGGGAAAAGUUCGUGAGAGAUUUGUUGCAUUCUGACUUCUGUGUUCAUGCCGAAAAAGUUCUAUGCAAGUAAAUUGCAUUAGUGUUUAGGUUCCUUUAAAUCCCCGCCAUCAAAUAGUGCUUCCGAAUUCUGAACUGCAAACAAGAACCAAACUACUGCCAAUCGAUGCGUUUGUAAGGAAGAUAUACAAACCGACUGACGAAAAAUCAAAUCAAUGAAGCUCACUCUAAACUUACCAACUAUUUUAUCCCAUUCGUUCUACAAAUAAAUUGUACCAUCUGAUAAUCUCCUUUCUUUAUCAAAUGUGAUGGGUAACUUUUUGUGCAGAUAAAGGAAAGCAUUUUGUGAGAAAAAAAGAACAAAAUAUAUGAAUGAACGAUUCCUAGUUUAAACAGCAUUGCUUUCAUCAGCUAUCAUGCUUACGACAUUAGGCAUCGCAUGGCUGAUUUUCUGUAUCAUAAAAAAGGCUGAAAUGAAGGAUACAAAUCCAUUCCUGGCGGCUAUCAAUUCCUCGUUCUACGUGGACAAAACGGGCCUCAUUGAGUAUUUCCACAACACGUUCGAUCAUCCGAUUUAUUUUACUGCUCCUCUCAGUUUUGGUAAAACCACCAACUUACUCAUGCUUAAAACCUUCUACGACAUUAACAUUUCUGAAAAUGGAACCAUCCUAAAGAAAGAAGAGACAGAAAACUAUAAAAGUUUCCAGAGGGUGAAAAACCUCACCGUAGCAAGAACCAAUCAAACGCUGGUGGACGAAGACAAAUUCUUUGAAUCGAAUUUCGGGAGUCAACCUGUCAUCUACCUGUCUUUUAAAGAACUCCAACUGGACCGCAUUGACGGCCUGAAACUACUUAUGAUCGAUGCGUUCAAAACUCACCCUUACUUAAACAUUUCAGAAAAGCUGACGUCUGAGGAAAAGGUGUUAUUCGGAAAAUUUUCCAGUGGUGAGGUGAGUGGGGAGCAACUUAUCGAAAGCAGUGGUGGUACUCUGGCCAAACUGUUGAGCAAACACUUCAAAAAGCCUUGUAUCCUAUUGGUCGAUGAUUUUGAUGAACCGGCCAUAAAGUUACUUAAAAAUGGGUCAGCAGGUGAGGAGCAUAAUCUAAAAAUAAUCAAAAAUUUUGUAAACGACCUUUUUUCGGACAAAAAAACAGUCAAUAGAGCGUUUCUGACGGGCAAGACGCGUUUGGCCGGCAUGUACACGCCACCCAGCGUCAUACACUACCAAUUUACCCUUCACUCAGGCAUCACUAACUUUUUCAGUGUAGCAAACACUGAAUUAAGUGGAUUGACCUUGAAUGCUACAGUUCUGGUCCGGCUGUUCGUGCUUAAAGAUUUUUACAAAGGUUUCACAACGGUGAACUCAACCUACACUUUAUACGAUCCAAAAACUAUCACCAAACUCCUAGAGGGUCGUAACCAUUCCCGUCUUCUUGACUCAGUGGAGUUCCUAACGCAAGUUCUUGACGACAAAGAGGUCAGGGAUAAAUUAGAGCUUGCGGUUAGAACUUGGCGUGAGCCUUCAUCGUUUCAUAUCACUGCCCCAAAAGAAACCGAUCACGAGAGGUGUGCGGCUACCUUGGGGAAAAUUUUCAAGCACAGUGCCUCUAAGUCUGCGCUGGAGUUGGACAAACCUGAUCGGAACUGCCUAUUCUACUACUUGUUCGAACUGGGUUACGUAACUUUCGCGGUUUCCGAACAAAUCGGGUCGGAGUUCAAGCUGGAAGUGCCGGACUUGGCAGCUUACUAUUCUUUGGGCUCUCAGCUGGAGAGGUUUUGGCUGGGCCACCUCCACACCACCAACGCCACCGCCAAAGACUUCGUCGAGACGCUCAUGAAUUUAGACUGGAGGGUCUCGUCUUUCGAAGCGUUCGCCGACAGCGUGGAGAUGGUGUUCAAGGAGUGCCCACACCCUCCAACCUCCCGGGAGGAUCUACGCUCACCACUGUUCACGUUUCUGGCCACCAGAGUGCGGGAUUAUCUGCUUUUGGAACUUAGGUGCGGUGAUCCGGACAGCGGGCUAGUGGACCUUUUCGCUGAGACGCGGCGUUCGGCGGAUCAUGCGCGAAACGAUGUCUUGCUUGAGUUUGUGCUUAGUAACUGUACAAGGGAGGAUUUUGAUAAAAACAAUAGAACAAAAAGCUGGGUGGAGUUCAUAAAAACCGUUGAUCCCGAAGAGUAUACUCAUAAUAAGGAGUCGCUGAUGUUUCUAGUGGUUGAGAUUUGUUUUAACGGAGAUGACAGUUUAGAGUUCGCUUUUAGUCACGCUAGUAAGAACAGUAUUAAAGCGCACUAUGUAUUUAGGGAAAUCAACCAAUGGAAGUCAGAGGAGAUGAAAAAAGUAUAACUAUCUACGGGCUGAUUUUUGAAAUUGAUAGACAAAGCGAUAGAAAAGGAGACAUAGAGAGUACGGAGCGAUCCUCUUGGUUGAAAUGAGUGGUUCCUAUGGAGUAAGGGAGAAAAUGAUAGACUAACUAUUCGGUCUCUCGUGGGUUAGUUAGUCUAUUACCUAUUUCCUUUCGCCAUUGCAACCACUCGCUUCAACUAAUAGGGUCCCUUCAUAUCCCUAUAGUCUUCUUUGUCUAUAGCAUUGUCUAUCAAUUUAAAUAAACGACCCACUAGUUGAAUCAGUGAGAGCAAAGCUCUGCCCCUUGAAACGUGGUUUCAAAAGAACAAGAGAGCAUGUUUCUCCUUCAUUUUUAGUGGAUAUGCGUCUAUUUUGACGAAUGGGUGCUGAUUAUGCCUACCCCUUCGAAUGAAAGCAAACAUUGAUCCAACCUGGAGAACAAAGUUUGAAGCGAGCAACAAGCUUUGACCUUCAUUUGGACGGAUAUGUAAAAACGCAUCCGACGCGUAGAAAUAUUUGCAUCCUCAGUUGCUGCCGUGCCUACUUGUUUAACGUUCUGCGAAUACCAAAUGCCGCCUCCCCACUUGAAAAAGGAAGAGUAUCUUGGUAUGCGGUUUUACAGGAUACUUUUUCAAGCUUUUUUUAAAAUUUUGGGGACUUCGAAUCAAUACAACGCCACUUCCAAAAACUUAGAGGAAAUAUGUUUGGGGGGAUUUUUUUAUAUUUAUUUUACACUACAAGCUAAAGAAAGAGUUUAACUUAGUAAAAACGGUGGUUUUUAAAAGAUCAAUGACCAUGCUAUUCUGGUUAUCUCUGAUGGAAAAACUUGAAAAAUAAAUUACAGUCAUUCUUUCGAUAA